GGAGGCGACCUCCAGUUCCGUUUUGGAGGCAACGAUGUGAACGCAUCGCGCGAAGCGGGUCAGGCGAUCAUGUUCCCUUCCCACGCUACACACCGGGUGACGCCGGUAACUCGCGGGGAGCGGCAUUCCCUGGUUUUGUGGCUUCAGCUGGAUACAGGCAGCGAAGUUGAUCGAGAGCUCCCAGCGCCUGUGUGCAAUGUCCAGGUGAACCACCCAGACGGCCGCGCUCUGCAACUCCGGUGGGCGCCCAGCGAGGGCCAGAGCAAGCAG